AUGAGUUUCUUUUUCCGCCAUAUAAUCCUAAAUUGUUUCUCACUUUACAGCUCAACUACUAGAAGAGGCAACUCAAUAUGAAAAUCUGAACGUUCGUUUGCUGUUUUGUUCAAUAUGAUAAUGAUAGGAAGACAUUUUGGGUCCGCGAAUAUUCGUGAGCGUGAACUGUGCAUAAACCAGGGGGCUCGAAUUUUUGCAAACUUGCUGGGAAACUUUUAGUGGCCACUAUAGAGGCUCGCCAAGGACUACUUGGAAAGGACACUAAAGUGGCCACUAUUUUCCGUUUUAGUGGCCGCUUCAGAGGUUUUUCAUCCAGCAUUCCUCCCAGUAACUCUGAUAGUUUGAAAAAAAAAAAACAAAGAGUUGACCAGUUCACGGCGCAGUGGAGAGGAGGAUGGUACGAUUUUAUCUCAAGUCCGCAAAUCUUCGGAGGCGUUAUCUCAGAGUACCGUAAUCUCAAGGCCCAUAUAAUCUCCGAAACCAAUUACACCCAAUUUUGGGGACUAUAUCGCAGCGAGAGUAACGCUAUACCGCGGGGGAGCCGCGAGCGAUAUCGCUCGCCACUCGCUGCGACCUCGCAAACGUCUUUCGCUAUAUCGCUCUCUGAAAAAUUUUUCUUCAAAAAUGUUUUUUUCUUGAAUUUGAUUGGUUUGAUCAUAAAAGUCAAAAAUAACACUAAGAAUAACUGACGAGAUAAAAGCGAGGUCGGUGGCGGUACAUUGACGAGCUCGCAAACAUCUCGCUUUUUUCAAGGCGCGAUCUUGCAUUUCUCUCGGCGCGACCUCGCAUUUUUCUUGGCGCCAUCUCGCAUUUAUCUCGCACUUCGGAAAUUUUCAAAUUGCGAGAGAAAUGCGAGCUCGCGCCUAGAAAAAUGCGAGCUCGCGCCCAGAAAAAUGCGAGACCGGCGCGAGAUGUUUGCGAGCUCGUCAAUGUACCGCCAGUGUCUCGCGUUUAUCUCGGCAGUUAUUCUUAGUGAAAGCAAAAAAAAUGUUCUUUUUUUUUUGCAUAAUAUUUUCGUUUUUCAAACUUUUUUUUAUUUUUUCCACUAAGUGAAAAUAAUUUUCAACUUUUCAAAUUAAUAUUUCUUUCUAUUCUUUCUUGUCCUUAAGCUUCUCUGAUCACUUUCUCAUGUGGACGGCAAAGAAAAAAAGAGUGAAACUCGAACUUCGAAGUGGCUUAUCUUAAUAUUGUCCAGCUUCUCAAUAAAAGUGGAAAUUUGAUGAAUAAAUUAGGGUUCGGCGAAAAAUUUUGAUCGGAGAUUGUAUUCUGAGCACAACACAAGAAAAAAAUGAAAACAAAAUGCAAAAAAGAGAAAGAAAAUAUAAGUUUUUUUGUUUUCGGAGAUAAGUGGUUUCGGAGAUUAUGGGCCUUGAGAUUACGGUACUCUGAGAUAACGGCUCCGGAGAUUUGCGGACUUGAGAUAAAAUCGUAUCGAGAGGAGAGUAAUGCCGUGUUCAAAGUAAUUUCCGCGAAAUGCGAAAUACCCGUUAGAGAAAAGAAAAGAUCACUAAAUUUUGGAGAGUCAGAGAUCAUUUUGAAGUAGUAGUAGUAGUCAAACUACGUAAAACCGUGUUCAAAGUAAUUUCCGCGAAAUGCGAAAUGGUCUCUGACCCUCCAAAAUUCAGUUAUCUUUCUCUUUCUCUGACGGCUAUUUUGAAUUUCGCGGAAUCACUUUGAACACGGCAUUAAAUUUUUGAAGCUAUAGCUAUAGCUUUGGAGCGCGCUUGGUGCAUUUUCCCGCGAAAUUCAUGCCGUGUUCAAAGUAAUUUCCGCGAAAUGCAAAAUGAUCUCUGACUCUCCAAAAUUUAGUGAUCUUUUCCUUUCUCUGACAGCUAUUUUGAGUUUCGCGGAAAUUACUUUGAACAUGGCAUCAAAAUUCCAAAUCAUUUUGGUCAAUUUUGCCCAAUUUCGUUGUUUUUUUCGUUCUUAAAAGUGAGUAUGAGUUUUUGUGAAUUGGGACCGGCUUUCCAUGAACUAGAGCGUAGUACGCGUGUUUUUAAAGUGGUUUUAUCUGCAUUAACGUGCUAGUUCUGACUUCGCGUUAAAUCGCAAACCGCUACUCCCUGACGUCAUCCCUAUGACAUCAUCUUCAUUUGCGAAAUUCGCACACGCAGCCAUAUCAUUUUAUUCAUUUUUUUACGUUCCAAUUUAUAAAAUUAGAUUCGACGUGAAAAACUUUUUCCGGUCACAUGAGAAACAGAAAGUUAUCACACUUAAAAAAAUCCCCUUUUGAUUGGAAACUUUUUCUCACUUUUUUUAGAAACCUUUUAAAGGUUUUUGAAUAAUCCCUAGGCGUCGAGGCCCACGCUUACGCACAGUAUGCUCCUUUAUUUUUUUUUUUUGGGAAAUACAUUUCAAAGAUUUUUUCGCUACGCGUAUCAAGUUUGCAAAUCGUUUAGAGCUACCUGAUAGUGUUAUUAGUGUCCACGUUUUGAAACUAAAUGCCUUUUAUGUCAAGUAUUCAUUUAUUUGACGAAUUUUUCACUGUGGCUGAGUUUUUUCGAAGCGAGCCACAGUCGGCUUCGCGCUAUGCGCGCUCCGCCUCCGUUUGAAGCCUUAAAACUAAGCCUAUUUCCUUAAGUAAUACAUGAACCUGUAGGCGCAGUUUUAAUGCAAAGGCGCAAUUCAGGCUCUUCCCAUUCUUCAAUUUUUUCAAUUUCAAUUUCAAUUCAAUUUAUUCAGUCUUCAGAGUAAGAUGAAGAAAAUCUCUGCUGAAUCAUGGUAUAAUCGAAGAGUUAGUCGUCAGCGCGGGUUACGGUCCACAAUCGUUGUCCAAUACGUCCCGGAGUGACAGCUAGCGUUGGGAAACAAUGUGGGACCGCGGGUAGUACCAGCGAAUGAACUGCUUCACCAUAAUGGAACAGUACGGAGUCCAGCUUGUCCAGGGCUGACGGGCGUCGGAAUAUUAUCCCAUGCGAGAGCGGCAAUGAGACCGACCAGUCGACGUGAUGAAAUGAGAUAAUAAUAAUCUGCUGAAUCAUGUUCACGUAAAUAAAAUGAAUAUAUAGCCAAAUAUUUCGAUUACGCUUAUUUCUUGUGUUACGAAUGAUGUCAUGAAAUGAUGUCAGGGAGUAGCGGUUUGCGAUUUAACGAAAACUCUAGUUCUGAAGUUAUAGCACUCCAAAAUUAUUGAAAAAAAUUUAAAUUGCAAAUUUUUUUAGCUUUUUUUAGGAAUUUAUUUCAUUGAGUGUGUUUUUAUUAUUUGAGUAAAAAGCAAUAUCCCGAUUUUUUUCAUAUACCUUCUAUGAACUAAAAAUUCUAUGAAAUGUUUAAACUUCUUUUUUUCUUAAAAAAAAUAAAUUUUGUCAAAAUUAUUUUUAAUUGCACUUUUUCCGUUCAAAAACUGUUAGAGCUUCAUUAUCCAACAAGUUUUUUUAACCUUCACCAUUGCUUUUUAGCAGCAAUAAUCAACUUUUUAGGACAUUUUGAAUUUAUUUCCAUGAAAAGUUGGACUUUUGAGUAUUUCCCAUUUUUUUAUAUUGAAGAUAAAUAAGCAAUCAACUCUUUUUUCACUUUUUUAGAUUUGUCAGCUGAAAAAAACUGAGCAAGAUGGGUUUUUGAAUUUUCUAUUACAAAAUUAAAAAAUAGAAUUUUUUGACCAUUUUUUCCUUGAAAAUCGAUGCCGUGUUCAAUUUGAUUCCGCGAAAUGCAAAAAUACCUGUUAGAGAAAAGAAAAAGAUCACUAAAUUUUUGGAGAGUCAGAGAUAAUUUUGCAUUUCGCGGAAUCAAAUUGAACACGGCACGAACUAAUCACCACAACGAAAAUAAAAAACCAGUUUCCGUUUUUUUUUUUUCGGAUAUUGGGUGGUUUUUUUUUUCAUUUAUACCUCUGCCUCCAAUUCAAGAACAAGCUGACUACAGUUCGACAGUUUUUUAUUUCAGAAUUUGGAUGCAGUUUCGUUUGAUUUUUCGCAAAAACUUUGCUCCACGCAAUCUUCACCUCUCGUCGUUCAACAAAAAAAUGGUUUUUUUUUUUAAUUCGAAAAAUAUAAAAAAAUUUUGAAAUUUUGACUCGAAAAAUAGAUGAUGUUCGAGAAAAGGAACACGAGCGCAAAUUGAAGGAGAGGUAUCCUCAUCAGAACCGAAUGAAAUCUCCUCCAGAAAAUGAAACCAAGGUUCUCUCUUUAUAUGGCUUUUUUUUUCUCUUUAUCGCAGUUUAAUGCGUAAAAAAACUAAAAAUCUGAACUUGACAACUUGACAGGUAACCGCUGUUCAGCCCAAAAAUGGCUCCAAGGUCAAAGAACAGCAGAUGAAGCGCCUCGUCCAGGUCAUUUAUAAUUUCGUUUUGGUUUAUUUGCUGCUUCUUCGUUAGUCGCAGAGUUCAUUACAGAGAACGGCUUUUCUUUAUGUUGGUUGGUCUCUAAAAUCCGGAAAAAGCAAUAACUGAAAAUAAGAGAAGAAGUUUGUAUAGCCGAUUCGCGGCCAACUUGGGACGCUGAGGGCACUAAAGAUAAAUACCGAGUCUGGCGCGAGAGAAUUGCGAGGCCGGUGGCGGUACAUUGACGAACUCGCAGACAUUUCGCUUUGUUCUCGCGCCGGUCUCGCACUUCCCUAGCGCGAGCUCGCAAUUUGAAAAUUUCAGAAUGAAAGGUCGGGCCGAGAAAACUGCGAGAUCGCGCCUAGUAAAAAGCGACAUGUUUGCGAGUUUGUCAAUGUACCGCCAGCAUCUGGCGUUUAUCUCGACAGUUAUUCUUAGACGGGCCGUGGCGUGUCUGCGCUCUCCAUCAACCAAAAAAAAAAGUACAUUGGCUGGUUUUUUUUAGCACCCAGGUAGAAAUUAACAUCAAACCAACUUUGUAGGCCUAAAAAUAAUCAUUUGAAAUUAAAGAAUUGCAAGUUUUUGAAUAAGUUUUUUUUAUUGUCAAAGACUCUCUCAUAGACGUGUCCAAAUUUAAAUUUGUUUUAACUUUUAUUUUUUUGAAAAGUCCAAUUUCUCGAUUUACGUAAAUGCUUCAAAUAUUGUGUACGAGUAAGAUCACGUUUAAGUGAGGGGGAACAAUGCUCCAUAAGGGUUCGCGUGUUUUGAUAAGUGCGAAUAUAUACAGUACCGUCAGAAAAGCUACGAGAAAACGGAGUUUCGGUCACAACUUUAUUGUAAGUAAUUCAAUCUUUUUGAUACUGUGUGGAACUAUAAUGACUGUUACUUUUUACACUCUGUUGAAGUUUUAGUCCACAGGAAAAAAAAAAUACAGCUUUAAAAACUAUCAAAACUAUCAGGAAGAUCGAAGUCGUUAUGUAACAAAAAAAAAUGUGUUUUUUUUCCUUUUUAUUUAGCCAAAACGAAAAUAAUUGUACCGAUUAAGGUUUCGUGCGAUGAAUCAGGCCGCGUGAAUCGUCUCAUCGACAACGAACCAUUUUAUCACGGUUACAUGGCCCGCGAUGAAGCUGAAAAACUCCUCUCGAGGAACGGAGAAUUUUUGGGUUAGUUUCUAGCUCAACCUCGUUUGAUACAAGGCUUUUAUUGAACGAAAAAACGCCUUUCAUGGAGUCACUGGCCAAAAAACUCGUUGUUUUGAUGUAAACGUUCGGGUUGCUCCUAACAUUUUCUCGUGCAAAGUGAUCUUUAAAAAAAUAUAUAGCUUCGCCGCGGAUUUUUUUUUCGUGUGCGAAAACAAGAAAGCUUAGAGUCUUGGACCUCGGUAACGAAAACCGGAAGUGCUCCGGACGUUUUUGAGCGUUUUGUGGAAGCCCUUAUGAGUGCUGAAGCUGCUACAGUGGUCACUAGAGAUCCCCCGACAAGUCCGAAUUGCUUCCGGUUCGCGUUACCAAGUUACCAAGGUUCGAGGAAGUUUACGGCUUUUUUGGUGACAACCUAUAGCUGAUUCACGGCUAACUUGGGCCAUCGAAAAAAGGGUCCUGACGAGAUAAGAAAAGGAUCAGUCCUGGUUAGUAGAGAGCGCAGACAGGCCCCGCCCUUCUGCGUCCCAAGCUAGCCGGGAAUCAGCUAUAGUGGUUGAUUCAGUAUAGAAAAGCCAGUGAGGAAAAAAAAACAUGAUCAGAACGUUUUCUUGCCGCGCUUAAUUGCGAAUUACUGAAAAAAAAAAGAAUUGCAAAAAAAAUUCGAUUCGGUUUUUCCUGAAAAUUUUCAGUACGAAAAACCGAGAUUGGGAAUCAUGUCCAUUAUGUGAUUAGUGUUCUGCAUCGAGGAGCUCAUCAUCACAUCUUAGUGAAAAGAACCAACAAGGUUCGUUAGAAAAUGUCAAAUGAUAGUCGAAAGAAGGAUGAGUUGUGGGAACGUCAAACCAGAGGUGGAGGAUGAUAUCUGUAGGCCGCCAUGGCUGCAUUAUCUUUGAAGCCCACAAGGUAGAAAUGACUUUUUCAAAAAGUCAGCAUAUCGAGACGGCCAUUUGGUAUGGCAAAAUGGUCCUAACAUCUAGAAGCGAAGACUAAAAAAUUUUUAAGCCUCUUCCGCCUGAAUAUAUUUUCGGAGAUUGAAAACGUUUCAUUGAAAAUUUUUAACUGAAAUUUCUGGUAAAGAUGUUGAAAAAGUUAACUAAAACUUUGGAAAAAAAAAAUAAUUAAAGAUGUACACCAAUUGAAAUGAUUAGUUCAGGGCGUUAUCGCCACGUACUUGACCUAUUAGCCAAUAACCAAGUAUAGCUGAUUCACGGCUGGCUCGAGCCAUCGAAAAAUGGGUUCUGACACGAUAAGAAGGCAUACGUCGGCUGGAUCUCAGCCCGGGGUGCGGCCUUACUAACUGCAGACCACGCCUUUUAGCGUCCCAAGCUAACCGUGAGUCAGCUAUAAGUUUAUGGCUCAUUUCUAUCUCAUGGCUGCCAUCCCACCAUUGAGCCAAACCAUGUUUGACUGAAAAAUUCGUGGAUGUCAUAUGACUAGAUUUGUGCAAAAUUUCAGAAGAGAUUGUACUGGGUGAUGACUUUUGCGUUCAAGACAAUCGCCGAUCUUAUUCAACACCACAAUCGGUGAUCCAUCUGUUUAUUGCAUCGUGCAAAAAAAAAAAUGAAUCAAGGAAUCGAAUACCGGUUUACGAUGAGAUACUCUUGGUCAAGCCCGUUUUCAAACAAGAUUGGCAGCUGAACCAUGAACAGGUAGACUUCUAAAACAAAAAGAGAUAGUUUAAGGCUGAGAAUUAGCUCAAUGAAGUCCCGCCUGCGCGAACUGAAUAUCAACGUAUCCACUGCAUCAGCUACCAAAAUGCAUUCUCAAAUUCAAUCGGGAUAUCCCCGUAUUUCAAUACUGUUAAUGUGCCCUCCGAUGUCAUCCCAAUGCUAUUUUGGUCUACGGGGUCUGAGAGAGCUUUAGAAGUAUAUUUCUCAAUAGCAUACCGAUAUCUACCUUACCUUGUAUUCCAUUUAUUGACAGAAUUUCUAGAUGUCGUCUUUUCAGAAUCUUGACUUCAGCGGCCAGCUCUGCCCACGCGAGCAAAGUACCUUUUCGCGUGGAUGUUUGACGCGCGCGACGAUGAUCCUCUCAAAGCGCUUUUUAAUAAUCUUGAUUUAAUAGCUUUAAAAAGGAAGAAAAAAAUGCAUCGCUAUGAUGGAUCAUCGUCGCGCGCAAAAAACAUCACCACGAAAGGUACUGCAGCCAUGGGGCGGAGUCAGCUGAAUGACAUUCAAAAUCUGAACGAAAUUUAAACCUAACUCUCGAUUGACCUCAAACACUCUUUUGUCUACUAAAUUGUGUUUUUAGGUGGAACUCAUUCAGGAACUGGGAUCUGGUCAAUUUGGAAGCGUUUACAAAGGCUGGCUUCAAGUAUGUCUCCUACGUUUUUCAAGUAUAUUAGGAAACGAGACAUAAAAAACAUUAUUUUUGUAAACCGUUAAUCUCAUUCGCAGACGAUUGUGGAUAGCAUUAAAUUAAAAGUGAUGCUCGUUUUUUAACUCUUACUUCAAUCCAAAACCGUUUCGCGACCGCAACAAGCCGACUUUAAAGCUUGAAAACAACAGAAUUUAGUGCUGCACAACCGAUUUUAAUCAUUUUCCAUCAACAGGUGACUCCGUUCCGCUCGAAAGUGCUCGUAGCGGUGAAAACAUUGCAUGAACAACACUUGAACGCUGAUGACCGCAUCAAAUUUCUCAAAGAAGCCAAUCUCAUGUUGAAACUGGACCAUGUUUGUUCGAUUAUUGCGGAAUACGAGCUUGAUCUGUUCGUUUUCUUCAGCCAAAUGUUGUUAAACUAUACGGGGUUUGCGCCUCACGAGAGCCGAUAAUGAUCGUUAUGGAGUACUGCGCGAGCGACUCGCUCGAGAAUGUCGUCACUAAAAAAAAGGUACGGAAAAAUUCCAAUGUUCCGAGCUCCUCGAAACAUUCGUUUGGUCAGGUAAGAAAAAUUUUAACAAGUUUAAAUUUAGAUUUUUGUUAAAUUUUUUAUUUCCAAAUAUUGAUUUUCAGACUAGCAAUGUAGAAAAGGCAAACUUCCUGCACGGCGCUGCGAAAGGAUUAGAAUAUUUGCACCAUGAGAAAAUUAUACACAGGUAUAAUCUUUUUUUUCUCCCGCUCCGCCUGGGAAGAAAUUAAGAUAAAAGAAGUAAAAGUAGAAAUUUUAAGUGGAGGUAUUUUAAUACUAAUAAGAGGAAGACAAUGGAGAGCAAGUUUUUAAUUUCGAUAAAAAUAUUAUUAUCCACAGCAUGAAAAUGAGGUAGUCUCGCGUCACCUCUUGAGAAAACAGUCAUUUCUACAUACUCAACGGUGACUUUUCAAUGUUUAUAUACGUUUAAUUGAGUUUUUUUUUUCCUGUUUACCGCGCCGAUCACUUUAAAUGUGGUGGUAAAGGGCGGAAACUUAGAGGACCUUCAAUUCAAAGCUGACAAACGUUCUCCGAAAGAAUCGAUGAGCUUCGAAAACAUUGCGGCGCAAAAAAUGCAUGUUUUUGAGCUCUUAAUUCCAUCAAAAAAAAAACUACACAAGUCUCUGACACUUCAAGUUAAAUUUUUUGACAGGCUCCGCCCUUUUUGAGAUUUAACGUAGUCAGCUCGAAAAAAAAAGAAUUUUUAGCGCCAACGAUUCGUCGCAUAUCUCAGAGAACGAGUGUUAGGAGCCAAUUGAUAUUCUUUCUCUGUUCAAAAGUUUGGGACAUAAAUUCUUCAACCUAACUUUAAAUCAGAACAUUACAUUAAAAAUCACGGAAAAAAAAUGGUACACAAAUCUGAGAAAAUCUCCCAACGGAGGAUGACUAUCGGCGCCUACGCUCGUGACUCCCUAAUAACAACGACUUAUACAGAGAUAUCGCUGCUCGAAACUGCCUGAUAGACAGCCGGGGAAAAGUAAAAAUCUCGGAUUUUGGACUCUCAGUCAAAGGCGUCGAAGUGAAAGAUCAGAAAGGCGGCCGGCUUCCAGUCAAGUUGGAGGGAGGCUUCGGCUGAAUAAGACAUUUUUUUACAGGUCAAUGGCCCCGGAAACGCUGCGCCGAGGACUCUACAGCAACGCUUCGGACGUUUACAGUUUCGGUGCGAUGAUGUUCGAAGUUUACAAUGAAGGCCGAGAGCCGUUCGGCGAGUGCAACCUUGAUGGAAACCAACUUCGCCGCGCCAUCAUCCACCAGAAGGUGUAUCUCCAAAAUUAAGACACCGUAAUUUUGUCUGCAGGUGGUAUUGUCAAUCGGUAAGCACUGCCCAGCUGAAAUUGUAACUCUCUUCGAUUGGUGUCGGCAGUUUGAUCCCAAGCUUCGCCCCAGUUUCACUCAAGUACUCGAGUAUUUAAUAACUGUGAUGGGCUCUUUCUUUCUUUUUGUAUUAUCGAUUGACGCUCAGAUCGACGGUGUUCCUCUGGAGGAUAACCCCAAAUUUCGUAACAGGGUGCAGGCCUUUAUGACUUCUGUUUUUCAUAGGUAUUUUUUUUUAACUUUCAUAAGCUUGUGUGGAUGUCGAAAGGUGAUUAUAAAAAUUAUAGUUCGAUCACGGAGCUUUAAAGAAUGACAGUAAGCUUGUGAAUCAAAGGCAAUAGUGGGUCCGUUAUCAGCGAGAUUCAAAACAAGGCAAACUCGGAAAGGAUCGAACAAGGCUUCAUAGAAAUGUUCCUUUUAGGGCGAGAAAGGCUCCUUUUUUGCUGCCUCUCCCUUUUCUAACGUCCUUGGAGCCUUUAAAAUACUAGAAAAGAAAAUUGGAAGGCUUGAUAAAAGAAAUUUUUGCUGCCUUUUUGCGGCUUUUUUGAGCCCCUCCCAUUUAGCGGCUAUUAUCCCCCAUUCCGACCUUGCCCGAAAAGUGAGAAUGAGGAAAAACUUUCUUUCGAGGUAAACUAGUUCUCACUGAUGCAUUAAAUUUUCUGCUGAAAAAAAAAGAAGAAUUGGAACAAUCGAGUUUGCGAGAAUUAGCACAGAUUAACACGGCUCUCAUCUUUUAUCACAUCCUCUAUGUCAGAUUCUAUGUAAUCCUUCUAAUCCGGCUUUGUGUCGAGAUGAAGUCUCAAUUCUUCCCUUCUUCUUUCUCGAACGUUUUUUUGUUUCCCUCUUUUCCAACAUUGAAUUUGGGAGAAAGCUCGAUCAUAUUCGUUGUCUUUUUUAAAUUGUUUCGGUUAAUUUCAUGAUCUACGACUCUUGGUCAGAAUUUCGCCUUGACUGAGUUUUAGUUUGUUCAACCAGAGGGAAUAUAAUCAAACCAGUUUCCCGACAAAACUUUAAGCAUAAAUGAAAAAAAAAAAAAUCAAAUCAACAACUUUUCUCAAGAACUCAUCAUAAUCCGUAUUUUUUCAGAAAUGUUUGA